AUGAACAGUGUAAUAAUUUGGACAUGUGUUUUGGCAUUUAUGAUCUUAGAGAAUGAAUGUUAUAUUUUACUACCUAAUGACAGUUCCAACAAAAUAUCUAAAGGAGACAAAAGUAAAAAAAUACAAAAUCACAAAGACGGAAAUCCACAACCAGUUUUUACUGAAAAUGGCAAGGAAGCAGAAAAUAUCAGAGAAACUGAAGAAAUGAAGGAUUACACAUAUGAUAAUGGAAUCACUUCAGACACAGCAACAUGGGCUGUAAAUAUAAAGAAGUUUCAAAAUGAAAAUUCUGAUUCAAUGACGGAAAUGAGAAAUGAUCCAAUGAGAGAAAUGAGAAACACAACUAUGACAAAAGACACUGAUUUGCAAGACGACAAUAAAGAAGUAAAUGCUGAUAUUAGGGAGAUUUCUGAUGUUAUAACAAAUAUCUGUGGGGAACAGUAUGAGCCAUGUGAGAGAACAGGCUUUGACUUCAGGUUCUUUAAAGAAUCCUCCAUUUGUACGAUGUGUUCCUGUAAUGUCAAAACAUGUCAUACCUUGAAAAAUUGCUGCCCGGAUGUUAUAGUGAACAUUAAGGACACUAAAGGUACCGGUAUACAAACAUCUAAUGAGUCCUGUAUGUCACUUCAUGAUGUCCUAACUUUUAAAGGUGACAAACCAAUGAAGGAUAAUGUAAUUUAUAGUACUACAAGUGAAAUAGACAGUAAUAUCUCUAUUUCUAAUGCAGAAAAGCCAAAUCAAAAUGAUCUGAAUACUCAGAGAAAAAGUGAACCAGAAAAAAGGUCAGACAAUGUUAAAACUACUUCUACACUGGCAAAUACAUAUUUCCCCAAAUAUCUUGUUAUCAACUCAUGCCCAAAUGAUUUUAAUGAUUCGGAUACAGUAGCUAAAUGUAUCAAUACCGGAUCACCCUUUCUACUCGAUAAUUUGCCGGUGACCGACUGGAUUUCAAUGAACAUUUAUCGUAACAAAUGGUGUGCAAAAUGUCACAACACUUUAGAUACAGAGAACUGGUUACUUCUCACAGACUGUCUCCAACUUUACAACACAUAUUACCUCCCUUCACAAAUUUCCAAAUUUCAUGACUUAACAAAGAAUUGCACUGUUCGAGUCAUACCAUCCAUUGUAUCCAAAACUGAUUACAAAACCUGCAAAACUUCAAAUCACCAACAUGUCAUUGAUAAAUGUAAUAGGACAGGUCUGUGGAAUCCAACAACUGACAAUACAACAGCUACAGUUAAACAAAUGUUGUGUGAGCAGAGACAUUUCAUGCCACUGUAUAAACCGCUGACAAAUGGACAAAGGGGAGUAUACAAGAAUAUCUUCUGCUAUAUUUGCAAUCAAAAUGAAGACUUACAGACAAUAAAAAACAAAACUCUACAAGAUGAAGAUGUUCUGUAUGGGAAGACAAGAUUAUACAAGGCCAUACAAUGUGCUGACCCAUCUGAAGAUGCUGAAGUCUGGUCCGAGGUCGGGCACAAACACAACCAAACUUGUCCCUAUGGAACGAUUCCUGGUAUCUACACUGAUGACUGCAUACCAUUUGAGUGUCCCAUUCAUCAAAUAGCUAUGUCAAACCUUUGUUUAGAUAGACAAACAGAUGUUAUCGGUCUGGUUAUAGCAUCCACAAUACGUCUUCAAUUCCAAAGUACAGUCUACAUAGGAAGAUCAGAGGAUGAACAGCACAAUUUUGGCCAAGAAGUAGCUAACGCUAUUGAUAACAAACUUCUUAUUUCAAAAAAAGGUUGCAAUAUCAGAGCCAUUAAACUGCUUGCUAACUUUACAUCUCCAUCUGAAGGUUACGCACAAGAAAUCUUUCUUGCAUUUAAAAUUGCAAAUACAAAAAUUUGCUCUGUGAAAGAAGUGGUGGAAAUUUAUUCUGAAAUUGAUGAUGGUGAAAUAAAUAUAUCUGUUCAUUUGGCCAGCAAUGAUGUGCUACAGCAGCAUUCUAGAAAUGAAAUAAUGUUCAAUAUUACUUUGACUUUCAGAAACAUUCAGAACCAUGACAUUGAAAUUCCACUGAAACAAAUGCCUCCUUCAUAUGAGAUAUGGCUUGAGAAAUAUUUCCAAUAUCCGAGAGUUCUCCUUUCCGCAUCCCAGUUUAGGAAAUUAGUUGAAAAGGGCAAACUAAAAUCAUCUAAAACUCCAUCUAUGAGUGCAAUGAAUAAUGAACAAAUACAAGUUUGCUAUAUAGAUUAUCUACAACAAUGGUUACAGGAUACCUAUACCAAGUCAUCUACAACUGGGAAAGAUUCCAAUCAAAACACUCUAACAUCCACUCUGAGCAUGCUUAGUACCAUAAUAUCCAUGCUUUCAAUUGUAUUUGUUCUCAUCACCUAUACCAUGUUUUCCGAGCUUCGUUUCAUUCCUGGUAAACUGUUCAUGGUCUUGUGCUUCAACCUCCUUCUUGCACAAGGUUUCUACAGCUUCGGUUUUAAUCUUGGUGUUGACAAUAUCUGGUGUCAGCUUGUCGGAGUCUGUAUACACAUGCUGUGGACUGCCACCAUAUUUCUCAUGACUUCAUGUCUUUGGCAUAUGCUGAAGAACAUUAAGGACCCCCUCGGUGCCAAGAACCGUUAUAUGAUACAAAGCCGGUCAAACUAUCUUGUUGUUAAAUAUACCUCCUACUGCUACAGCAUGUCCGUGGUCUGUGUUCUUACAAAUAUCAUAUUCUCCCAUCUAAUGUAUCAUGACGAUCACUACGGCUACGGGGGUAAGUUUUGCUACAUAAAUACAGCAGAAAUGAGAUUGUUCACAUUUGCUUUACCCAUUGCCCUGGACCUGCUCGUUAAUUUUGUCAUGUUUCUUUGCAUUACAUCAAAAAUUUCAAAAAUGAUGACGCACGAGACAGACGUGAAAGAGCGUGUAGUAGUUUUUUUAAAACUAUCAACCAUUACAGGAUUUUACUGGACAUUUGGUUACAUAUAUGAAGCCACAAAAAUAUGGGUAUUUGAAUACCUUUUUAUCAUCCUGAAUGGUGGUCAGGGAUUUUUUCUUAUGUGGUCUUUCUUGUUAAACAAGCGUAUCUUUAAAAUGUACAAAAACGUUUUCAAGAAGCUGCAAGAAAAGUAUUCGAGUAUCUCUGAAAGUUGAAUCUGACCCGGAAAGUUGAAUCUGCUAUAAUAGUGAAGAGCAAUUACAUAUAAAAAUUGUGUAUUUAGGAAGUAUGAGUAUUACCUGUAAAUUUCUGCUUUCUUAAAGCAAUUUGAAACCUUAAAUAAAAUCAUACUGCCUUCAUUAUAAGUCAACAUCACUAAUUUCACGUCCUCACUUAUUUCACAUUUCCAUACGACCAUUGUUACAAUUGGUCAAAAUUGACCUAUUUUAGUCAUUGAGCUAAAAAGGAAGCUUUUGUACAAAAUCUG